UUUAAAAAAAAAAAAAAUAUCACGAAAUACACUGCAACCGUUUUACAACAAGGAAGGGGAGAAAGAUUAAGGAGGUGAAUUAAAGAAGACAACCUGCGAUUAGCUUCUUCUUAAUUAUCAUUUGUUUGUUUCGCUAAUUAUAAGAAUGGAAUGGUCCCCAAAAUAUGCUGCCAAUGCAUAUCUUGACACCCUAAAGUUGUGUGGCAAACACAAGCAGAUGUGCAAUUCAUGUACUGGAACACAAGAACCGGAGUGCAACGAGUUCUUAUCAGCCUUAGCAGCUGGAAUGAGCGCCAAGCUAAUAGUCGAAGUCACCACCGAAGGCUCAUCAACGGUGGCCUUAGCUGCUGCAGCUCGGCAAACAGGGGGCAAAUUAGUGUGCAUUAUUCCCGAGCUAAACCUUGAUAAAACGCAAAAAGUAAUUCAAGAAACGGGGCUAAACGACAUGGUAGAGUUCAAAACAGGUGACCCUGUUGAGGUCUUGCACAAUUACGAGAACAUUGAUUUCUCGUUAGUUGAUUGCAAGACGAAUGAUUAUGACAUGUUGAUGGAGAAGCUCGACGUUAAUCCCAAAAGAUCGGUGGUUGUUACAAAUAAUGUAGAAGGGAGAAAAGGGGUAGGAGGACAGUUGAAGAAAGUGGAGAAUAAAGUAAAGGUAAGGUCACUACAGCAUCCGAUUGGUAAAGGCUUAGAGGUAACUAUGAUUGGGAAAAGCACUGAGUUUGGGAAGAAAGAAAUGAGAAGCAAAUCAGGAUGUUAUGCUCAUUUAAAGAGAGGAGGACAGAAACAGAAUGGACAUGUAGUGAAGAAGGGUGAUAAGAGCAAAUGGGUUUUUGCUGUUGAUGAAAAAAGUGGUGAAGAACAUAUUUAUAGGAUGCCAAAAUCAUCUGGACCUUGAUUCAUUGGUAAUUCUAAUUAACAUGGUUCUAUGAAACUCUGAUUGAGUUCUCAGAGAAAUGAGAAUAUUGGUGGCUUUAUGGAUUUCAGAACUAAUUUUACAAAUGAAAGUGCAGCAUUUGAUCCUUGAAAUUAUAUGGUAUGCUAUCUAUACUAUAAGAGAACGCUUGCUUUUAGGAGUGAUCUUUCGCUAUUAUUGAGAAGAUAAACAAGCUUACUUACUAAUAAAGCGGCCAGCAGCACCUUAUUUUUUAAAGUCAACUUUCUCCCUUUCAAAUGAAGGGAGGAGAAAUGUGAAGGCACGUCUAAGAUGAAGUUGCUCCAAGCAUUGUAGACAAACUGAGAGUUCUUUUAAUUUUUCUUUUCUUUUAUACCCUUUUUUCUAAUUUCUAUUCCCCCCCCCCCCCCCCCCCCUCUCUUUUUCAUUUGCCUUUUCGUGCCUAAGGAGAAAAAGGGGCAGUGGAAUUUGGUGGUUGUAUUUAGAAUGGUCGAUAGUGAUUACAUUGUAAUUUGUCUCUUGUUGCUUUGUUAUGUACUCCAAAGACAAAAUUCAGGAUUUUAACUUACUGCGUCUGGAAUAUCAUUGUACUUAUUAUGGUAUACUCUAAAA